AUGACCGUGAACGGAAAUGGGCUGCGGCAUCGCCAUGUUCAGGGCGAAGUUGAGCCAGCGAAUGAGCCAAGCUCAUCAACUGUACCGCGUCGCACUCCAAGACCACAAAAGGGUUUUGUGGAGCUGCUAAUGUCACCACUGAGCUUUGUGCUUGGCGAUGGAGAGCCUGAAGAUCCCCAGACUGCGGCGCGAAACUUUGCGCACAGUCUUCAACGACGAUACGGGGAAAAUGUGACGCCUCGUUUUGAGCACACAUCAUUUAGGGACGCAGUUUCCACAGCUCGUACGGCAUCAAAGUUUCUACUUGUAUUCUUACAUUCAAACAUCCAUGACGAUGCCGACGCGUUUUGCCGCAAAUCCAUCUGCACUGAACGUAUGAGUACAUACUUAAACAAUAGCGACUGCAUUGUAUCGUGGGCUGGCUGUGUGCAGCAUGCUGAAGGAUUUGGCGUGAGUUUGUCACUUGGGUGUGCCACGUUUCCAUUCUUGGCAUUGCUAUCCUGCCUUUCGCGAGGGAUUGAUGUGGUCGAGAAAAUUACGGCUAAUGUACCGGCAGAAGAAAUUAUAAAAAAGUUAGAUGCGGCAGUAGAUCACAAUAAUCAAACUUUAGCGACAGCACGUCAUAUUCACCAACAGCGAACGGAGACGCAAAUCUUACGUGAACAACAAGACAGAGAAUAUCAAGAGGCACUUGAAGCUGAUCGUCGUCGCGAGACGGAAGCUCGUGAACAGGCUGAACUAGCAGAAAGUAAGCGACUGCAAAAAGAGGAGGAGGAGCGACGUGCUGAAGAGGAAAAGAUAAAUCAAGAAGAGAAGGCAAAGGCUGAGAUUGAAGCAAAACGAGCUCGAAUCACGGAUGGUCCAAAAACACGCACGCCGUCGCCAAAUGCAAAUUAUAAAACGGCAGUAAUUAAAUUCCAUUUGCACAAUGGUAAACGUCUUGAACACAUUUUCUACGCACACGAUACGCUUGGCACGGUGCGCGACUUUAUCGACGUUGAAUUCUAUGAUCGCGACAUUCCGAUUCGAAAUUAUGAGUUAGCGACGAAUUAUCCGAAAAAAGUCUACGGCCCUGAGUUACUGAAUGUUACUCUUGCUGAUGCGGGACUCGCGCCGCAAGCUCUCGUGUACGUACAGGAUCUCGAUUCGUAG